CUUUAGUACCUGACCAGAGUCCCUUUGGUUUUUCUCUAUAUAUACUCAGCUUUACUCAAAACUUUCCUCCAAAACAAACGAGAAAGCUGCAGGACGGAAAAAUGGCUUCCAAGGGAGACAACGUUGUUGUUUCUAACAUGAACCUUGAGAAGCUGCUCAGCAUGAAAGGAGGCAAAGGAGAAGGCAGCUAUGCCAAUAAUUCCCAAGCUCAGGCCUUGCAUGCUCGUUCCAUGCUUCACCUUCUCGAAGAAGCCCUAGACAGUGUUCACCUGAGCUCACCCGAGGUACCCUUCGUCGUCGUGGAUUUGGGAUGCUCCUGUGGUAACAACACAAUCUAUAUCGUCGACGUGAUCAUCAAACACAUGAUCAAGCGAUACGAGUCAUCAGGAUACGAGCCCCCGGAGUUUUCUGCGUUUUUCUCUGAUCUUCCUAGCAAUGAUUUCAACACCCUUUUCCAGCUCUUACCUCCCUUAGCAAAUAAUGGAGGUAGCAGCAUGGAAGAGUGCCUGGCUUCCAAUGGACAACGGUCGUAUUUCGCUGCCGGAGUCCCCGGAUCAUUUUACCGGCGCCUUUUUCCGGCUAGAUCCAUUGAUGUCUUCCACUCGGCAUUUUCAUUGCACUGGCUAUCACAGAUGCCUGAAACUGUGUUAGACAGAAGAUCAACAGCUUACAACAAAGGGAGGGUGUUCAUCCAUGGUGCAAAUGAGAGCACAGCCAAUGCAUACAAGAAACAGUUCCAGACAGACUUGGCUGAGUUCCUCAGAGCAAGAUCCAUAGAGAUGAAGAGGGGUGGGUCCAUGUUCCUUGUCUGCUUGGGAAGAACUUCAGUGGACCCCUCAGACCAAGGGGGGGCUGGUCUCCUCUUUGGGACCCACUUUCAGGAUGCUUGGGAUGAUCUUGUCCAAGAGGGCCUUAUUAGUAGUGAGAAGCGUGACAAUUUCAACAUUCCAGUGUAUGCCCCAAGCCUGCAAGACUUCAAGGAAGUGGUUGAAGCUGAUGGUUCAUUCACCAUAAACAAGCUUGAGGUAUUCAAAGGAGGCAGCCCCCUGGUUGUUAGUCGGCCGGAUGAUGCUAAGGAGGUAGGCCGAGCCCUAGCCAACAGCUGCCGGAGUGUCUCCGGGGUACUAGUCGAUGCUCACAUCGGGGACAAGCUCAGUGAGGAGCUGUUUUCACGUGUGGAGCAACGAGCCACAAGCCAUGCUAAAGAGUUACUCGAGCAGUUGCAGUUCUUUCACAUAGUUGCAUCUCUUUCUUUUGCUUAGAAAAAAAGAAAAAGGGUUAUUCAAGAAAAACAAGGCUUUUUUCCCUCCCUUUUUUUAUAUAUAUCUUUUCCCUUCCCAUUGCAUUGAAAGGAGAUACAGGAUCAACUGACAUACAAAAAAAGAGUGGGAAAAGGGUUUCCUAUAGCUUUCUGUUCUUUUCACUUUCUUUUGUUUGUUCUUGUGUGUGCUUAGUAAUUGUUGUUACCUUUAUACUUUCAGUAUUGAGACUUUGGGUUCCUAUGAAUCCAACUAAUUAAAUAAACAA